AUGGGCCACUUUCUCCUCCUCGCCGUGGCUUUCCUAGCUUUCCCGGCAGCGGCGGCGGCGGCAGUAGUCCCGAGAUUUUCGUCACACAAGUUUGCAUUCCCAGGCCCUGCCACUGCCUUUACAGUCCCGGCUGCCUUUCCAACGACGGUGUAUGAAAGCUACUAUGUGAAGCCAGGCCCUACCAAUGAGCCUCAGCCCGCCGUCUUUGAUCCCGUCCUGAACAUCACAUUCCCCUUCAACUUGACCAAUCCCGAGACAGUCCCAACAAAUGGCUCGGAUCCCGUCUUGUACCCCCCGGCCCUGGCAAACCUCACAGACGCCAGCGCCGAAGCGCUCGUCUCGGCUGCUGCCCUCGAGAUCUUGGCCAUCAUUGAGGCCAACAACACGGGCUUGUCCAGCAACUGCUCCAAAUGCGUAGCUGCCCUCUCUGUUGCUCAGAUGGCGGCCCAGCUUGCCCCUACCCAUCUCCCCGCCGCCAUGGUGUCCCUGUGCAAAACCACCGGCUUCAAGACUGGCACCGUGUGCCAGAACACGUACGGAGCAACCAAUUUUGGCGCUUCCUGGGUGCAGAUCCUCGCAAAAGCCGACGUGGUGGGCUUAGAUGGCCAGUAUAUUUGCGCAUCUCUCAGCACCGACUUCUGCUCUCAGCCUCCCUUGGUACCCGUGAAGGUCAAGUUUCCCAAAGCCAAACCAGUGAAGCCCAAGAAGUCCCGUGCGAGUGGCAAGCGAGUCAAGGUGCUGCAUUUGUCUGACCUCCACCUGGACACCAGGUACAUGGCUGGCUCAGAGGCAAAUUGCACGUCGAGUAUGUGCUGUAGGUACUCCGCACCGGGCCAGGGCGUAGAUGAAGCCCCAGCCACGUAUCCGGCGCCUCUUUUUGGAUACUACAAGUGUGAUUCGCCUUUUUACCUGGCUUUGGCCGCACUCCAGUCCAUUGGACCCUUGACAGGCACUUCUGUCGACAACCCUCCGGCCCUUUCAUUGUACACGGGCGAUCUGGUUGCUCACGACUCGCAAAACCAACGAUCACGGGCCUACGUAGAAGUGACGGAAGAUUCAGUCUGGCAGAUGUUCAAGGCAUACAUUGGGGGGCCAAUCUAUGCAGCACUCGGAAACCACGAUACCAGCCCAGACAACUUUGAUGUCGCCCACGCCAUUGAUGACAACGGCCCGCUCGGUCAACAGUUCUCUUGGAACUACGACCAUGUGUCCAAGCUCUGGGAGCACUAUGGGUGGAUAGAUGGCGCAACUCAGGCCCAGGCUUCGGUUCAUUAUGCGGCAUACUCGGUGCUGCACCCUCUCGGGCUGCGAGUCAUCACCCUGAAUACCGAUCUGUACUACCGUAACAACCCCUACACCUUUAUUCACGCGGCCGACCCAGACUUCUCGGGUAUGUUUUCCUUUCUUGUCCAGGAGCUUCAGAAGGCCGAGGACGCGGGCGAGCGGGUUUGGAUUGUCGGUCAUGUUUUAAGCGGCUGGGACGGCUCGAACCCGAUGCCUGGCGGAUCUGAUAUGCUCUACCAAAUCGUCGACCGUUACUCUCCCCACGUAAUUGCCAAUGUUUUCUUUGGCCACACCCACGAAGAUCAAGCCUUUGUCUACUACAAGAACAAUGGAACGCGACGGUCUGCCGAGGACGCCAUUGCCAGCGCCUGGGUCGGGCCAUCCAUCACUCCCCUGACCAACCUGAAUUCGGGGUUUCGCUUAUACGAGGUCGACACCGGAUCGUUCGAAGUGUUUGAGGCCUACACAUUCUACGCCGACGUGAGCACGUUCAACCACCUCAACGAGACAGGGGCAGGGCCGACGUUCAACUUUGAGUACUCGACUCGUGCUGCCUACGGUCCCGCCGCCGCCUGGCCCGACGGCGCCCCUCUGAAUGCUACCUUUUGGCACCGCGUCACCGAAGCCAUGGAAAAGGACAGAACAUUAGCCACACUAUUCAACACAUACCAGGGGAAGAGCAGCGUGCGGAGUCCAAACUGCACCAGCGACGCGUGCACGGCAGCCAAGAUCUGCUAUAUCAGGUCGGGGAGCGCUGCCCUGGGAAAGCAAUGCCCGCAAGGGUUUGGCAGCGUCCAGGGUCCAUACACAGGCAAUAACUUUUGA